AUGUCCUGCAUCUCAGCUGGGAUCAUUGUUACCCUGUUGGCUGGAGCUAUUUAUAAUGCGGUGACAGAGGCCAGGGAUCCUCCCUGCAUUUGUCUCUGCCGUGCCGUGGAGAGGGUGCCUGGCGAGGCGAGCGAGGAGCUGUUUGCCCAGCCUUUGUGCUCCGCGGGCCUCAGUGUUUGCCCUGCAGGGAGUGCCUCGGCUGGAGGGCCCUUCCAUGUGUGGCGAGGCUUUGGACGGACCCAAAGACAGGAGGAGUCUCUGGAGAACGAACUUCAGUUUUGGUCGAAGGCUGACGACGAGAGGGCAGCGCCCCAUCCCGAGGUGUCUCACACUCCCUUGUGUCGGACCGCCACGGCUUUCACUUCCUCGGGUCAACGGUCACGAGGUCAGCUGCCCCGCCGAGGUUCAGAUAUUGAGCACGGGCACGCCGUCUUUAACGGUCGCCUCUCGGUGUGUGGUCCGUUGCUGCUGUGGGUGGUGGUCUCUCUGCUGCCCCUGGUGGGAGGAGCUCGUAGGGGUGGUGGCAGCCGUGUUGCUGGUGGAGGGCCAGACUCGGGCCACGCCGUGGGCCUGCUGGGAGACCAGGUGGAGAGACAACUUCCUGUUACUCCGCCAGAGAUGCUGGAGGAGAAAGAGCCGGAGCAAGAGCAGGAGAAAGAGAGUGACCCUUACCCCGACUGGCACGCUCUAUAUGAUCCAUAUGUAUUGGAUGAGGCAGAUGAUCAUCCCGGUGGUCACUGGGGGAGUCGUUCUCCGCGCUCCUCUGACCCCUCAGAACCUCAGCCCCAGGGCCAACCAAAGAAGAAGAAGAAGAGAAAGAAGAAAGAGAGGGAACACGAGAAAGAGAGGAAGAGAAGGAAGAAAGGAAAGGGGUAAAAAUGACCAGCUUCCCAACCAGAGCAGCAGGACUGCCGCGUGGAAAGGAGGAAGAUGAGGGUCAGGGACCUGGGACUGGGCUUUGACUCGGACGAGAUUGUCCUCUUCAAGUUCUGUGUGGGCUCCUGUCAGUCUUCACGCACUGAGUACGACCUGGCGCUUAAGGCCUUGCUGGAGAACGGCUCACUCCCCCGACGCAUGGCCCGGAAGGUGAGCAGCCACCCCUGUUGCCGGCCUGACCGAUACGAACCGGUUUCCUUCAUGGACACCAACACAAAGUGGCAAACCAUCCAGUCGCUGUCUGCCGCCAGCUGCAUAUGUAUGGGCUGA